AUGACUUACUCCGUCCGCAAGAUCGGUUCCCCAUACACCCUCGAGCACCGUGUGUUCAUUGAGAAGGAUGGCGUCCCCGUCUCCCCCUUCCACGAUAUUCCCCUCUAUGCCAACGAGCAGCAAACCAUCCUGAACAUGGUCGUUGAGAUCCCUCGCUGGACCAACGCCAAGCAGGAGAUCUCCAAGGAUGAGUUCCUCAACCCCAUCAAGCAGGACACCAAGAAGGGCAAGCUCCGUUUCGUCCGCAACUGCUUCCCCCACAAGGGUUACCUUUGGAACUACGGUGCCUUCCCUCGCACUUGGGAAGACCCCAACUCCAUCCACCCCGAGACCAAGGCCAAGGGUGAUGACGAUCCUCUUGACGUUUGCGAGAUUGGUGAGCUUGUUGGCUACACUGGCCAAGUCAAGCAGGUCAAGGUCCUCGGUGUCAUGGCCCUGAUUGACGAGGAGGAGACCGACUGGAAGAUCAUUGUCAUCGAUGUCAACGAUCCCCUUGCUCCUAAGCUCAACGACAUCGAGGAUGUCGAGCGUCAGCUUCCCGGCCUCAUGCGCGCCACCAACGAGUGGUUCCGCAUCUACAAGAUCCCCGACGGAAAGCCCGAGAACCAGUUCGCCUUCUCCGGCGAGUGCAAGAACAAGAAGUACGCCGAGGAUGUCAUCCGCGAGUGCUCCGAUGCCUGGGAGAAGCUUGUCUCCGGCAAGACCCCCGUGGCGAGAUCAGCCUGUGAUGCCAACACCACCAUUGACAACUCUGCCGACCGUGUUGACCAGGCUCAGCUCGCUGCCAUCCCCCGCAACGAGACCCUGCCCCCUGCUCCUAUUGAUGGCAGCAUUGACAAGUGGUUCUUCAUCUCAGGUGCCGCAGUAUAA